AUGGGUAAUGAACAACAAGGUGGUUCAAGUCAUCAUUUUAUUAUGAAUACUUCAAAUGAUGAAAGGAAACAACAAGAUAGACAAAGUCCUCCAUGGACAAACACUGAACGAGCUCCUAUCAUGAGACAAGUUUCAACAACAACAACAACAACAACGAAAAAACCUGGUUGGCAAAUCGUACGGGAUAUGUCAAUGAAUAUGUUAUCGAGACAAGGAACGAAGUUAAGUUACAAACAGGGUUCGACGACUAAUUUAAUUAGUCAACGUUUUCUAACAAAAAAACAUUCAUUACAUGGAGCAUCGAAUGUUCCAAAACCUGUACAAUUAUAUCAAACACCUCGAAUGCCAACAGAAAAGGAAGCAAUUCAAGUUGCUAUUGCGUAUGAAUUAUUAUGUUCAUCUUGUGGAGGUCCUUGUAUUGGUAAUUAUCUUCGUUGUCGUGUUUGUACUAAAACAUAUCAUUCUCAAUGUCUUUUUGAACGUGGUUAUGUUAAUGAUCAAUCAUUUUAUUUACCACGUCUUGCAAAACAAGAUUGGAGUUGUCCAGAAUGUAGCGAUCUUACUCAAUUACUUCAUCAGGAUGAACUUGAUAAUUUAAUUCAAGCAUUCGAACAAAUUGAUACAAAUAAAGAUGGUUAUAUUAUUUUAGAAGAAUAUCUUUCACUUAAAUCAAAUAAAAUCAAAUCAAAUGAUUUGGAAUUAUUUAUUCAACAUAAUCAUGAUUUAGGAAAAAAAUAUUUUAGUUUAAUGGAUUCAACACAACAAGGUGUUGUUUGUUGGUCGGAUUUUGCUCUUUUUUAUAGUUGUAAAUUAAUUGCUGCUAAAGAUAAAUUUGAAUUAACAAGAAAACUAACUGAAAAAGAAUUGGUUAUGGCAAAAAAUCUUUUUUUUAAAGAUCUACGAAAAACAUUUGAUAAUGAUGGUAAAAUAAUUAUAACAAGAGAUCAUUUAAAACAAGUUCAUCAUGACCUUAUUCUAAUACUCGAAAAAAAAUAUGGUAUCGAAUUUAUUGAUACAAUUUUAGGCUAUGACGAGUCUAUUGAAGACAUGUCUAAAAAACAUUCUGUAAUGAAUUGGGGAGAAUUUCUUUCUGAAAUUGCUCUUCUUAUUUUAUUAAAUCGUUCGAAUGAUAAUAUCAAACGUAAUCAAUCACGUCGUGCAACAAUUCCUCCUCAUCUUUCAAAUGCAUCAGUUGUUUCACGUCCAGAAGUUUCUUCUACCGGAAUAGAUUCACCUAGUCGAGUAACAUUGUCAAGAUUAGAUAGUACUCUAGGAACACCAAUGUUACCAAAUAUAUCAUGUGAUGAAUCAUUUCGAAAACAUGCAAAAAUAUUAGAAAAAUUAAAUAAACAAAAUCAACAAGAAGAAUUAAUAAGAAAAAAAAUGGGCGCAUCGAUGAAUUUUACUAUUGUUGAAAAUCUUGAUGAAGAAGAAAAUAUUAAUUUACCAAAAUUAAAACUUAAUGCUCGAGAUGAUCGAAGAGCAAUUACUGAUCCAUGGACUUCAGUUAAAGAAAUACAACAAUUAAGAAAUAAACCAGUACUUGUUAAAACAACUCGUAUUAAUGUUAUUUAA